AUUUGGGUAUGGAUGAUGAAGGAGAUGAUGAUCCAGUCCCCCUCCCGAAUGUGAAUGCAGCCAUCCUCAAGAAGGCAAGUGGACUCACUGUCUGACAGUUAUCCCAUAUCUGGUGCAAUGGACUGAGGGACAGGCAAACUGUUGGGAGUUGGACAUUGAUAACCUUAGGUAAAGUGCCUCCUCCCAACCAGAGCUGGGGUUAUCUUAUCUCUAUCUCCACUUUUAUCAGUUUAAUUGCACAUCAAUUCUAUCCAUAGCGUCACAGUUCAAUUGAACCCAAACCAUUCUUAGCCUUUCUCCUAGAUUAUUUUCCAAGAGGUGGAACAUUUGGGCACAAUUUAAACUAAUUAAAAGCCAAACUUGUAGGCAGAAUGACUGUCCCAAACCUGUAACAGGGAUCCGUACCUAUGUGGGAGGCACUGUGAGGGUCCGUGCUGGAUCAUUACAUUAUUUAGCAGACGCUCUUAUCCAGAGCGACUUAAAGGAGCAGCCUUGCUCAAGGACAGAUGGUUGGGAAAGUUGGCCUUAGGGGUUCAGUCCACAAUGUUCAUGUGGUCAAUGGAUGUUUUGAGGAGUAUAAAAGAACAAAUGCAUCUAGUCAUCUGUGCCUCUCCGAAUCACUAUAAAUCAAAUGGUGUGAUUGUCUACAGAAGGUGUAGAUGGUGCUAGUUGGAUUUAUACUGUGUGAAGGGAUGUGGGAUUAAAGCUGAUUUUAUUUCCUCUCCCAGCUAAGUUGUUCCAUGCUGUCUUGUGGGACAAGCUGGUGUUGUUUCUGCUGCUUUGUUAAGCAACUGUAUCCAUGUAGCUAAUUAAUUACAUUUUGUUUGGGGAAAUGUUUGCAUGGUCAGACAAUUAUACAUUUCUGCCUGACUUAAUUAACAUGGUUCUUUACUUGAUUCUAUGUUUCUUACGUCUGUAGAAUAGCAUAUCUAUCUCUCUGCCAGAAGCAUACAGCUCCAAAAAGAAACCUUCAUGCAAAAACCUUCCUGUGUGCUCUGCCGUCCUCCCUCAAGUUAGGCCUCUGAAACUGGACUCCAUGGAAGAUGGAUGCCUGGCAUGUCUGACUGUUGAUUCACUGACUGUGCCUGGAAUAGUUGUUCCUUUCAUGUUCUUUCCUUUCUCACUCUGUCUUCCGUUUCCUCCCUCCAGGUGAUCCAGUGGUGCACCCACCAUAAAGACGAUCCCCCUCCCCCUGAGGAUGACGAGAACAAGGAGAAGAGGACGGAUGACAUCCCCGUCUGGGACCAGGAGUUCCUCAAAGUGGACCAAGGGACCCUCUUCGAACUCAUUCUGGUGUGUACCUACCGCCCCCCCCUGCCACUCACUCACAGAAACAGUUUGACACCUGCACACAUACAAAGAGGAAGAGUCUCAGGUCUUGAAUUUAGGCCAUGACUUAGCUGAACAUACAGCACUAGUUAAUCUAGUAGGUGCUUAAUAAAAUGUAAUAAAGUUAUAACUGGAGGUAGUAGUAGUUACUAAAGGGCCUUACACACAGAGUCAAUAAAGUUUAUACAAAAUCUUAAAUGCUGGUGGUACAAAAAGCGGCUGCUAUGACACCUCUGGAUUAUCCAAUAAAACACCCCAGAAAAAGGGAUCCAACCCCCUGUAAUUUGAUUGGUCAAUGAGGGGAGGCACGGGUGCAAACAUUUGUUGAAUUUGUGCAUCAGAGAAAUUCCCUGUGCAUGUGCCAUCCCUCCCUGUGCUGCUGCCGCCGAGGUGGGAGGCAAGUCUGCCACCGGCUUUGCAUAGAAACACAUGGAGGCGGCUGCGUUUUAUUUUCCUGUGUGGAAGCGGCUCAGGAAGUAUCAGCUAUGUGCAUAUGAAGUUAAACAAGCAGCCUUGCAUGGUUCUUUUGCAGUGAUUGUGCAAUACGUUCUUGUAGUGCUCAGGGCUUCUAGGAACUGUAACACAAGUCUGUCAUUUGAGCAGUAGGUUUUAUCCAGCUCCUGAAACCUGUUUACAUGGCCUAAGCCCUGGGCUGCAGUAGUUCACUUGAAAGGCAGCAGUUGCUUUCAUUUCAUCCUCAUCCUCCUAUUAUUUUUAAAUGUUUAGGCCGCAAACUAUUUGGACAUCAAAGGACUGCUAGAUGUCACCUGCAAGACGGUGGCCAACAUGAUCAAAGGAAAGACCCCAGAGGAGAUCAGGAAGACGUUCAAUAUCAAAAAUGACUUCACAGAGGAAGAGGAAGCCCAGGUAAAACAGCCUUCUGUGGUUCUCAGGAUGUCCCAAAUGGCACCCUAUACAGUCACAGUGCACUACCUUUUUUGAGAAGAGCCCUAUAGGCCCUGGUCAAAAGUAGGACAUUUAUAAAAGGAAAGGGUGCGAUUUAGGACACAGCCGCAGUCCUGAAUGCGGAGCUGCCGUGAUAAUAUACAUUUGACUAAUGUGACAGUGUGCUGCUUUUCCAUUCUCCCCCCUCAGGUACGCAAGGAGAACCAGUGGUGUGAAGAGAAAUAAAGGAGGAUCCUACUAACACUAACACACUGAAAGGAUUGUUCCAUUAACUGGUUGCACUGCGCUGUUCAUACUUGUUAAUAUUACAUUUAGUCUAUUAGAGCGCCCCCCCAUGUACUCCAAGCAUGACCAUUUCUAUUGCUUGUGCAAAAUAAUUAAAAAAGCUAUUUCAUGUUUUUACAAAUGUUACUUCACUUCAUAUAUUCACAUGAGAUGCAUAGUCUGGUCUUUCUUUUACAAUUUCAAGAGUAGAUGUACCUCUCUCUCCCUUUUUUGAAUUGCUAUACUUGUCUUUCUUUACUGGACAUGUUAUUUUUUUCCUUUUUGAGUUAACUGAAUAAAUUGCUUUUUUGACUGAAAUGAUAGUGCAGUGCAGAAUUUUGUAAAGGCAGCCUCUUCUGUGCUGUCUUCUUAACAUUACUUUAAGGAGACAAGCUGUCGUAGGAGAUUUGAAGUGGGGGUAAACGUGUUCAAAAUGUCCUGUGGACUCGAAGUGCUUGUCGAAUAAGUAAAUGUGUACGGUCUGUUUGUCACUCAACUUAGGGUAUUUACCUUGCUUAUUACUAUUGGAUUGGAAUCUUUUCUCAGUUCUGCUCUGAAGAUGACAUUUAGGAUUAACAACCAUUCAAUUCCAGGAGUUAAUAAAUUACUUAAAAUAA